AAGUCACAAGUCCUGUUCAAUUGCUUGUGAGAGGCUGAGCCACAUUCUCUACUGUCCCUCAUCUCCUACAUUAUCUGCUGAAAGACAAUGGAAAGAAGGCCAACGCUCACCCCGCAGCAGGCAACUCAACUGACAGCGCAACUUUAUGGAGUGACCAUAACUAAGAUCUCCACCCUGCCUAGUUAUAUUGACCAGAACUUCCUCAUUGUGGACACAGAUGGUACCAAGUAUGUCCUGAAGAUCAUGAACUCAGAAGGCAGCAAAAAUGCCACUAAGCUGGAGGUUCAGACCUUUGCCUUGUCCUUUCUACGCCAGCAUGGAGUUCCUGCUCAAACCGCCUUGCCCACCACCACGGGGAAGCUGUUGAGUAUGGAGGAAAUAGACUGCGGACAUGGGGCUCAGACCUACUGUGUGAGGCUGAUGACUUAUCUUCCUGGAAAAACACUUGCAGAAUCUCCAGGCACUAUGCAAGACCUUUAUCAUGUGGGCAGGCUCAUUGCUUUCAUGGACAAGACAUUGCAAAAACUGGAAUCUCCAAACCUGGAUGUCUUACACAAUAAUUGUGAUGAAGAAUGGAGUUUAUCCAACGUCCAUCUUGUCGAGCGCUGCCUAUCAGUGAUGGAUGGAGAACCCCUGCAGGAAGUGAUCAAAGCAGUCAUCGAACAGUUUAAAUCAUACGUGCUUCCCAAAAUCGGCUCUUUCCAAAAAGGAAUAAUACAUGGAGACACAAACGACAAAAACAUCAUUGUGACACCUGUAGGCAACGGUCGUCAUGAGGUGUCAGGCGUGCUGGACUUUUCUUCCCUCAUGAAUGAUUGCUAUGUAUUUGAACUGGCAGGAACAAUCGCGUACAUGAUGCUGGAGAACCCCAGUCCAUUGGAUGUAGGUGGAGCAAUACUUACAGGUUGGGAGAGCGUCAUGGUACUCAAUGAAGACGAAAGGGAAUGCCUCUACCUGCUGGUGCUCGGUCCGUUGUGCCAGUCUCUGGUUUAUGGCCGGCACAAUUUAAAAAAGUACCCAGACAACGAGGACUAUCUCCUGGUUACAGCCAAAAAUGGGUCUCGGAUUCUUACUCAAAUGUGGGAGAUGGGAAAGAAAGAAGUAGAAAGAAAAUGGUUUACAGAUGCCAGCACAUUCUCAGUCAAUGAAUAAGGACAUGUUAUCAAUGGAGGAGGAUAAGGAUAUCGAUUUGCUAGAGGAAAGAGAUUUGCAAUGACAAAGAAUGAAUUUUGACUUUUCCGAGUCUUUUAAAUAAAAUGUUUGAUUUGGACA